UUUCCUUUGGUUGGUUUAUAGGCCUCUACACGUGUAUCUGUUUGUGAUGGGUAAUGUGUAACGCUAAGGAAUAGCUGGUCUUCAUACCAUCAUCAGUCUGACAUUUUCUAUUCUCCAAAAUAUUUUCUACGCUUUGACAGAUGGUUGGAAAUUAACAUUAAUAUUAUGCUGAAGUCAAUAGGAUGACACGGUUGCCAUAGCAACAAUAAACAUUCUAUCACAAACACGCGGAGAAGAUCUAAUCGAGGGAGCGCACCAGUGACGUCAUCAUCCUUCUGACGUCACCAUGUCUUCCCAGAGCCGUAAACAACGAGCAGACGCCUAUUUACAAAAAACUAACGUUGAGCUUCUCAAUUGUGUGGACGAAAUGAGGCUAAAACGAGAUGAUCUGCAAAAGGACAUUAAGAAUUUCAAGGACGAACAAUCGAAACUUCAAUACGACCUAGGUAUGAUGACGACACAACUAACACAAAUCAACGAAAGUCUAUGUAAAAAGUUAGUAGAGCGCGAGAGAUUUGACAGUUUGAUAACCGACUAUGAAACAGCAUUUAACCAGCUCGUGUCCGGUUCCGAGUCACUCCUUGCCAAUAUGCGCAAGACCCUAGGCUCAAUCGCUCCGGAGUUCUUGCUUUGCGCAGAGGAUGCAGACCAAAUUUCCACCACCUCUCGGAGGUCAAGGUCAUCGAGACAAUCACACAGUAGUGCGGGUUCGCAUGCGCACACGCGUAUCGACAUGUCACGUGGGACGUCAUUGCCACGGGUGGACACCCGUGCGUCUGACUCGAGAUCGGACACACAGACGGACAACCGUGUGGACACUAGGAGUUCCCAGUCACGCGGAGAGCAGUAGUGAUGUCUUUUAUGCCAUUUGUUAACAAGUUUGUGAACUCUAUCGUAGCUAACUGUAAUAUCAUAAUUGAACGACAUUUAACAAUGUCUGACUAUAAAUAGUACGUGUGCGGGGAUCCCUGUUGAUGCACUUGAAAUUGGUUAUUUGCAGAAAGUUUAAAACUUUUUGAAUAAAUAAAACACCAAUAAAAGAAAAAAAAUA